UCACAUUACUCAUAUUAAUAUGAGUAUUGAAAGCUAUUUUUAAUAUUUAUCAAAUUGAUUUGUCUCAUUUUUAACUAAAUCAAAUGAAUACAACUUUAUUUUAAUUUUUAAUGCGUUUUAGAGUUAAUUCAGUUUCAUUGGAUUUUGUUAUGAAAUUGAAAUGUGUAAAUCUUCAAAUUAUUAUUUAAAAAGAAGUUUGAAAAAUAAAUAAAUACAAAAUCAGCCUCACCUGUUUGAAAUCAAUAGUGGAAACAGCCAAACACUUGAACACACUGACCAGCUGUUUUAUAUGAAUUAUCAGUGGACAUGAGUUACUCGAGUACACGGAACUGAACAUCUCUGGCUAAUAAUUCAUCAGUCAAACGAGCUUUUACUCCAUUAGACAUUUGAUAGUCAAAUCUGAACACAUCAGGGCCCAAGAGAAUAUUAGUAUUAUUUUUAUUUAUUACUUUUAUUUUAUCUCUCUCUCUCUCUCUCAAUAUAUAUAUAAUAUGUAUUUUAUUAUUAUGAUUAUUUUAUUUAUUUAAACACAUUAUUUAUAGCUAAUUAAAAGACCUUCCCAUUCGAUGAGGAAGAUUUAUGAUGAAGUUUUCAAGCAGCCACUCCAGUCCCAGCAUGCUUUGCUCUGUGGUGGAUAAUCACAGACCUGUGUGAGUUUAUAAAUCUCUAGAUAAAUCCUCUUAAAGAUUCCACAGUGACAGGAAACGGCCACCGAACUCUCUUUCUCUGACUAAUGGAGCGGCACGCAUUCAAUAACAGUUUGUGAUUGUGUGUGUGAACAUCCCAAAGUCCAGACAUGAACGGAUUCACAGAACUCACCUCACCGUCCGCACACAUCAAUGGUCACAGCUCGCUCUCUCCAGAUGUUCCUGCCAAAAAGACAAGUGCUAAAGCUCUGUACGAGCAAAGGAAAAACUACACCAAAAACAGCAUCAACAGUCUGACAGACACAACGCAGUACCAUGUGGAGCAUCUGACCACGUUUGUGAUGGACCGUAAAGAGGCCGUGUUGACCAUCGAUGACGGCAUCAGAAAACUGCGUCUGCUGGACGCUAAAGGGAAGGUUUGGACACAAGACAUGAUUCUACAGGUGGACGAGAAAGCGGUCAGCCUCAUCGACAGUGAAACCAAGAAUGAGCUGGAGAACUUUCCUCUGGGUUCCAUCCAGCACUGUCAGGCCGUGAUGAACGCGUGCGGUUAUGACUCGAUACUCGCGCUGGUGUGUAAAGAAUCCGGACAGGGCAAACCGGACCUGCACCUGUUCCAGUGUGACGACAUCAAGGCCAAUCUAAUCUACGUGGACAUCGAGAGCGCCGUCAGCGAUCACAAAGGCGGGAAAGUGAAGAAACGGCCGGAGGCGCUCAAAAUGAUCCUGAAGAGUGACGGCACCAUCCCGCCACCACCAGGAGGCCCCGCCCCCGUGCCUCCAGCAGCUGUCAAUCAAGAGAACCUCAAGAGUCGAGUGGCCAGUUGGACCAAUGAGCAGAAAGACUAUGAUAAACAGAGACAUCACGCUGUGCUGGACGGGUUUCCUGAGAUGAGCGCUGCACAAGUGGACCGAGAUGUGCAAAUCCUGAAUCACCUCCUGGACGACAUCGAACACUUCGUCACUAAACUUCAGAAAGCUGCCGAAGCCUUUAGUGAACUCAACAAUCGAAAGAAAUCUAAGAAGAGUAAAAAGAAAGGGCCAGGAGAGGGAGUUUUGACUCUCCGAGCGAAACCACCAACUCAAGACGAGUUUGUCGACUGUUUCCAGAAAUUCAAACACGCCUUCAACCUGCUGGGAAAGUUGAAGAAUCACAUUCAGAACCCGAGCGCUGUGGAUCUGGUUCACUUCCUGUUUAAUCCUCUCAGACUGGUGAUCCAGACGUCAGGUGGAGUUGAUCUGGCUAAAAGUGUGAUCGUUCCUCUGCUCACCAGAGAAGCCAUCGACUUCCUGCAUGCUGCAGGUUCAGCAGACGAGAGACACCUGUGGGUCACACUGGGAGACGGAUGGACCAAGUGCAGGUUGGAGUGGCCAAAGGAUCACAUGUUUCCUCCUCACACUUUGUGCUUUCGUGAUGGCUGGGAGCCGCCAGUGCUGGUGUCUCAUGAACAGGAAGUGACACAGCUGGCAGAGAGAUUGACCCAGGCCGAGGUUCAGAGAUCAGGAGAUCGACCGCCACUCGAUCAGUCACAGAUGGUCGAUGAUUUCUCCUGCACAGAUGGGUACGACUUCACGAACACAUCACACAAGCGCUUGCACCUGCUGGAGCGAGACGCGGCCGUGGCGGCUUUUAAACACGCUGUCAGCCGUCAUGUAGAUAGAAAUGUGGACACUCAUGACAGAACGCAGCCCAGAAACUUUGCCAAAUCCAAAUAUGAUUUUGUGGCCAGAAACGCGACGGAGCUGUCGGUGCUGAAAGACGAGGUGGUGGAGGUGUUGGACGACAGGAAACAGUGGUGGAAGGUGAGGAACGGUGCAGGCGCUGCGGGAUACGUGCCAAACAACAUCCUGGAGAUCAGCCGCGCGGUGGACGUGACGGGCCGCGGGGAGCCCAUAUACAGCCACACCAUACAGCUAUUGAUGCCAAAAAAGGAGUUUGAGUUGUUUAAGCAAUUACUGGGCGAGUUAAACGAGAAGCAGCGAUCAGACUAUGUGCCCAAACCAGCGGUGACACCUGCUCCUCCCACCCCGACACCCCCUCCUCCUCCUGCCCCAGUGCAGAUCCCCACCCCCCCUCUGCCCCCCUCACCUGCCCCGCCGCCGGCUACCGACCCUCAGAGCAACAAGAGUGAACAACCAGCAGACAACAGCAGCGAGAACGACAGCGUGACGAUGAGAGAACAUCAGAGAGAACGACCUGCGCUUGCCAACCGCCGUAAGUCUAAUAUGGAGGAAGUUCAGGAUGAGUUGAUGCACAGACUGACGCUCGGUCGCAGCGCACAGAAGAAGUUUCAGCCUCCAGCUCGCAGCAGCAGUCUGCCGUCUGUGACCAUCACGUAUGACUCCACACCUGACGAGGUGAAGACCUGGUUACAGCUCAAAGGAUUCAGUGCUGUGACGAUCAACAGUCUGGGCGUGCUGACGGGCGCUCAACUCUUCUCUCUGAAUAAAGACGAGCUGAAGACGGUGUGUCCUGAUGAUGGCGCUCGAGUCUUCAGUCAGGUCACCGUUCAGAAAGCUGCUCUCGAGAGGAGUUCCGGCUCGGAGCUUCAGGAGGUCAUGAGGAGGCGGCAGGAGAAACUGGCGUCGACCGUAGCAGCGAGUGAUUCUGGCGUGGAGUUGUUCAAUGAGGAGAGCGACCAUUGACCCCUCACUGACCUCUGUCACCUCUGACCUUUUGCAGGACGCUGUAGAGCGCGCUCAGUUUGCAGCCAUAAUGCGCCGUCGACAGGAACUCUUGGACCCAUCUGAUAACGGAACCGGCUCGGAUGCAGAUGAACACGCGUGACCCGACAGGAAGUUUGACUUUUCUACACUAGAGACACGUGAAUGUCGAUAGAUUCAUAUGACCGCAGAAUAUAGUUUAGUGCCAUCAGUUCUUCCUUUCAUAAUCCACAUCUGAGGACUAAUGAAACAAUCACAUAUAUUGAUGUUCAUAUUUACUACUUUAAACAUCCAGCUCAUAGCGCGAGCCGUGACAUCAUCAGAGAUCGACCACUGAAUCGCUUCUGACGAACCGCUCUGAAUGUACAUGGAAGAUUAAGAGACCGUAUCAAGCUGAAGGUUUUUUAAUUACUAGCAUUAAAAUCAUAUUUAUUGACAUGAUUGUUUUGUACUUGAUUGUAAUGCCAAAAGAGAAUCGAUCGUUUCUGUCCAUCUGCCGGUUUUGCUCUUCCAAAUCAAACUCAAGGAAACUUUGAACACAGUCAUUUAUCGAUGUGACAGAUUUUGGGCCAAAGUCAUUUAGCAGUUUGUCUUCCUGUAUCAGCUCUCUCUCUUUAGCCUGUUAUAGUGAUGUGAUGAUGUCAUGAUGAUGUCAUGAUUCGUACGCUCAGUGCUGUAAAUCAUUUACUUUCACCGUCAGAACUGUGGCUGAUGUUUAGCCGAAAUAAUUCUGUGGGUUAAAGGUGAACACUAAUGCCACACGUCACAUUAUACUGUAAAUAUAAAGUGUGUGUGCAGAAUAAAUCAUAAUGUCAUAUUUGUGUUGCAUUAAUACAUUUGUGAUUGUUUGAUGUGUGCGAUCACGGACACCGUAAACGUCAUGUGACUCUUGAGCCGCGGGGCAAUGACAUCAUGUCGACACUGAUUGGCUGAUGGCAGCACAAUAAUAAAUGCU